GUAUUUAGUUAAGCAGAUUCUGUUUCCUUACACCCCACGAUGAUAUCUCUUGAUGGCGGCUGGUGACAAGUGGCUUGGGGGACGGCAGAAUCACACAAACAGAGAUAUGUGCAUGCAUACAAACCACAUCGUAACAAGAUGGGAUACAGCGCUGCCAGGAUCAUGAAUUACUGUGCUGUUGAAUGAAAAAUUGGUAGCACUAGAUCAGUGACACAUCCAUCUAUUGUCCACUAACCAUGGGAAGUGCAGAGGAAAUGCACGGAUGGACAGUAAAAAUGAGCACGCCGAGUGUUUUGGCUGUGGCGACAGUCUUUUCUAUGAUUCCUGGCGGAGUGCUGAGCGAUAUUAGGGGAACUCAUGGUCUGGAAGCCCAACAAUUGGCCCAGGGGUCCACUCAUCUGCACCGUCGCCUGAAGAGAGGCUGGAUCUGGAAACAGCUGUUUGUCCCCGAGGAAGAUUCCACUCCUCGCGUUAUUGGCCAGCUCAAAUCUGAUUCUGACCGAGGCGAGUUUUCUAUCAAGUAUAUACUAUCAGGGGAAGGAGCCGGAGACGUAUUUGAGAUAGAUGAGUAUUCUGGUGAGAUCCGGACGCUGAAGAAGCUCGAUCGUGAGGAAAAGGCCUUUUAUGUCCUUCAAGCCCAGGCUCUCAACAGGAGGUCCAAUGAACCAGAGGAACCCCAGUCAGAGUUUAUCAUCAAGGUGCAGGACAUCAAUGACAAUGUCCCCCAGUUCCAGAACGAACCGUAUGUGUCCAGCAUCCCCGAGAUGUGUCCAGUCGGGACAACAGUGGCCCAGGUGACAGCCACAGAUGCUGAUGAUCCCAUGUUUGGAAACAAUGCAAAGCUCAUCUACUCCAUCCUGCAGGGGGAGCCCUACUUCUCUGUGGAGCCAAAGACAGGGAUUAUUGUAACAUCUUGGCCAAACAUGGACCGCGAGGCCAGGGAGCAGUACCUGGUGGUGGUGCAAGUGAAGGAUAUGCUGGGCCUCAGCGGCGGUUUCUCCUCCUCCACCACAGUCACUGUCAGCCUGACUGAUGUCAACGACAAUGGGCCCACCUUCCAGCACCACCUGUACGCCUUCGCCGUACCUGAAAAUGCAGCCGUGGGCACCACCGUGGGCAGGAUUAUGGCAGAAGAUGGAGACAUUGGCAUCAAUGCCAGAAUGACCUACAGUCUGAAUGAUGACCUGGAGGAAAGCGCCACUUUUAUCAUCAAAACAGACGAAGUGACGCAGGAGGGAGUGGUUCUGCUAGCUAAGCCUUUGGACUACGAAACAAAGAGACGUUUUGUUAUGGCUGCAGAGGCAGUUAAUGAUCAUGUGGACACUCAUUUUCUGACUUUGGAGGACUUCAGGGACAGGACAACACUCAAGAUUGUCGUGGAAGAUGUGGACGAGCCGCCUGUCUUCCUUUCACCAGUCUACGAGUGGAAAGUUCCUGAAAAUGCAGCUGUGGGAACUGUGGUCGGCAGUGUUAGCGCCAGAGACACUGACACAGUCAACAAUCCCAUCAGAUAUUCAAUUUACAAAAGGAGCGAUACCACAAAAGCUUUCAAAAUAGACCCAAACAAUGGAACUAUAACUGUUGCUCGAGCUUUGGACCGAGAGACUACAAACUGGCACAAUGUGACUGUUGAAGCCAAGGAAACAACGCAGAACCAUUUAUCCUCCUCUGUGGUGGUGUUCAUCAAAGUACUGGACAUAAAUGACAAUGUGCCAAGGCUUGCAAGAGAUUACCAGCCAUAUAUCUGUGAGGGGACACAAGCGGGAGAACUUAUUCACCUGCUCAGUGCUGUGGAUCCAGACGACCCUUUGGAGGGACACCACUUCUAUUUCUCUAUGGUCCCUGAGAAACACAUCAAUCCAAACUUCACCAUCAGAGAUAAUCAAGACAAUACAGCCGGCAUCGUGGCACGCAGGAGUACUUUCACCCGCAAGGAUCGAACCCAGUACCUUCUGCCUGUGGUGGUGACAGACAGCGGCUCUCCAGCCCUCUCCAGCACCAGCACUUUGACAAUCAGCGUGUGCAGCUGCCAGCCUGCCGGCCAUUGUCCCACAGGAGGGGUGGAGGCCCUUGCUCUAUCUAUGGGGGUCAGCCUGCAAACAUUGUUAGGUCUUCUGGUCUGCCUGGUCACACUCACAGUGCUGUCAAUUCUAAUGCUAAUGGUGAGGAGACACAGGCGGAAACAGCAGGAAGGGCAGGAGGUGGAGGUGAAGGAGCUGGAGCUGCCUGAAACGGUGUCUCAGAAGGUGCUGUAUUACGGAGAACCAAGGGGUGAUGGAGCAGACCUGGACUUCUGCCAGCCUGUGGUUUCACUGCGCCACCACCCCCACAGGAAGAGGGAGAGGAGGCUGCGGAGGGAGGAUGUCAGGGCCAGCAUACGGAUGUCCCUCCGAGAGUCACACCUCAUCGGGCCGGAGGACGAGGUCUUCAGGCAGUUUAUUCUGGACAGGCUGGCAGAGGCUGAUAAGGAUCCUUACGUUCCCCCGUUUGACUGCCUCAGGACCUAUGCAUAUGAAGGGUCAGGGUCUCCCACAGGGUCCCUGAGCUCAUUGGAGUCUUCUACUUUUGAGACUGUACCUGAGCAACCUCCUUGUAAUCCCAGACCCUACUUAGUGAGACUUACCCCUUGGUAUGGGGGAGGAGAGGAGGACACAAUCUUCUGAGGAGCUGUUCUUCUAAUCUUUGCCUCACAGCAGGAACAGUUUGACAUUUUGUAAAUUAUGCUUAUUUGCUUUGUUGCUGAGAGUUAGACAACAAGAUCAAGGACCCCCCUUAUGUCUGUAAGGGAAAUAUAAAGCUACAGCCAGCGGUCAGUUAACAUAGCUUAGCUCUUUCUUUAGAGGUCUGGCUUAAAAGGUGCUGGUAGGCCAGGCUAGCUAUUUUGCCAUGUCCACUCCUAAUGCUAAGCUAAGCUAACCGACUGCUGGCUGUAUCUUUACCACACAGACAGCAAGAAAGUGAGUAAGUGUAUUUCCCAAAAUGUCGAACUAUUCCUUUAAAGAUAAAAUCGAACCCUACAUAACAACAGCUAUCGUUGGCGUGCUUUGUAUAACUAGACCCAAUUUUAUUUGCUGUAAUUUUUUAUUAUUCUGCGUAUAACUGUUCAAACAUUGAUCACAUGACUCAGAGCUACAAUAGAGUUUUGGCUUUAUGCCGUAAAAUCAAAGGUCGAAGGUUUCUCCUUGGCUCACCAUUCUGCAACAAUCAACUGCCAUACAUAGCAUGUUAUUAUAUACCGUUUUACAUGCACAAGGUUGUCCUCACCGGCAUAAGAGAACCAUUGGUCAUUUGUACAAAUGCUAAAAAUGAUCAGUGUUUAUGUUUUCCUGACGAGUUACCUUUUUACGGUUGUGCAAAUAAAUUACUGUCCUCUUUAAGUAUAGCAUAGGUGAAAGUAGCGUGAUGCAGUUAUUCUGCCUAGAAACCUCUUCACAAAUAGGUCAAGGUGCAAGGUUGGGUGUACACAGCAUAUGACUUAAACUCCGGAGACCGCGGCUUGCAUCCUUUCUACUAAAACAAUGACACAUCAUCUGCUUAUGAAGUUGCUACGGCAAAACGAUUGUCUAAUGAGACAUCCAACAGACAAGGAGCAAAAUUAGCGUUCAUUUGAAGUCGUACUGACUGAUUGAAUUUGGUCCAAUAUUCACUCUCCUUCUAGCUCUUAUUUGACUUAGCUUGUAGCUGCACCACUAUAUUCACCAGCUAGUAGCUUUGUUGUUUUGUAUUGGUUAGUUAGCAUACAGUGGGUUUAGUAGAGUUUUUUCUUUUUCUUUUUUUCUGUAGGUUGUUAAGCACAGUGGUUGCAAGCUGGAAAAACAAAGCAAUGAGUUUGGCUAAAGCACAUUUUAAGCUAAGGGGAAAUGCAAAGCUGGUUGGUGGCUAUGAGCAACCUCUUAUGGCACAGUCAUUUUAAUCCAUGGUUACUGUUAAAUAAUAUUGUUGUGUGCAGCUUUAACCUGGAGGACUUUUAGCUUCCCCAACCCAACCAGACUUUACUCAGAGAGGGUGGCAAUGCAGAAAUGAUAUGAUUCAUUUCUGAAUUGGUCACAUGGGUUCAAUUUUUAAGUCACUGACAAACAAGCUAUUAUGUCAUUUAGGUCACUGAUGCACGUAUAGCAGCAUCAAUAGACCAUAAUGUUAUCACAGCCACAAGAAAGGUUACUGGAUGCAAAACUUCACUUUCUCUUUCCCGGAUGAGUGAGCUUCUAUGUUUAUGCUGUUUGCUUGUUUCACCCACUUUGAGAAUUAGUCACUAGAGAGAGAACAGGUGGGUCUACGCACGUGUGUUGAGGUCACAAUUAGAAUCAUUUUGGCACAUGCUUGAAAAUUAUUAACUGAGGGUGAUAAACAGAUUGAGGGAAUAAACCAAAAAUAUUGCACCAUCAAAAAAAAAUAAUUUGCGGAAUGCAUUGACAUAGUUGUCAUUGACAUAAGAGCGGGAGGGGGAGUGCAAGGGGAGUAGGAGUGCAUGUGAACAAUGUUAUUUAUGCUUUAAUGACUGCAGUUAUUACAGUGUGACAAUACUAUAUUCACUGUACAAC